AAUCAACAGUAUGAAUGCCUGUCUAAAUCAGCGCGUUGUUCGGUAUCAUGCUUGUUGGUAUUUGGAGCUCAGUUGCAGACGCAAUUUCUGCUUGCGGGCUCCGCUCGGACAGCGACGAAGAGGCAUCGUAGCGGCAGAUUCUCUUAAUAUACAGGCACCGAAACCGUCGAAGGCAGCCGAAAUGUCCCAACACGCAUUCCCUCAGUCUCUCAGCGUCUGGUGGGUUCGACGCGACCUCCGUUUAGCCGACAAUGAGGCCCUCACAUCCGCUUGCGAGCACGGAGAAGCGCUGCUCCCCGUCUUCUGUUUCGACCCCCGGGACAUCCAGCCGCGGCGACAGCAGCCGGAGGGCCUCGGGGUGCCCAAACUGGGGCCUUUCCGAUGCAGGUUCCUUUUAGAGUCGCUGCGGCAAUUGCGAUGUGACCUGCAGAGACCCGCGGGUCAGUCGCCGCUGCUGCAGCAGCAGCAACCACAUGAACAGUCGGGUUGGAGGCGGGCGGCGGAGGAGGAGGGGGCCAGGGCAGCUGAAGCGCAGCUGGGAGGUACGUUGGGUGGCAUUAGUAGCGGCUCUGCACGCACCCUCCAUGCGAGCAAGAACAUCAGCAGCAGCAGCGGCGGCGACGCAGGGGGGAGCAGAAGCUGUAGACCCGGCAGCGACGACCAGGGUGCCGGCGGUAGUGCUGGCGAGGCCAGGGUCUGCGACAGCAGCAGCAGCAACAGCAACAAGAUAAGCAGCAGCAACAUAAGCAGCAGCAGCAGCGACCUGGUGGUGAGGUGGGGCCGAGCGGAGCAGCAGCUGCCACUGCUGUUGGAGGCGGUGGUGGGGGCCAACACGGGGCUGCGGUGCGUGUCCCU